CACCAUUUUCAAUGCAUCACAAGACGUCUGUACGUUUUAAAUGCUCGACACUUGCCUCAGCCCCUCCCCCAAGUGAUUGUCCUUCAGCCACCGCUACAGAAAUAAGUGGUAAAUACUUGAAGCAAAGCACAGUCUCAUGCAUUAGAGUACACAUCAUUUCUCCCUCUUCGUGGGUUAAUAUAUUCCUAGCUACAACCAGAUCAGCACCAGAACAAAACGUGUUCUCGAUUCCUCUUAAAAUUACCGCCUUGCCCUCAGACCAUUGUUGUAAUUCGUCUACAAUUUCGGCUAAUUGUACCAUCAUUUUCCCACUCAAUGCGUUUCUAUUUUUAGGAUUAGCUAAGCUUAUUACAGCUAUGUUAUGUCCUUGAUAAUCCAGCCUCCGAAGCAACACAUCUCCUCCUCCCAAAUUCUUGAAUUUUUCGCGAAGAAAUCGCUUAUUUUCCCCUGCUAAUGCAAGACUUCGGGUGACUGUUUUACCCAAAGACAGUACCCUGUUAGUCGCCCUUUGUAAAAGCAUACUUAGAAGUAUUCAAUCUCGUCAAAAACUACGAAAAAAACGCGUUUAAUACUUUAAUUUACGAAUUUUGCAUAUUUUUAAAUUUUCUCACUCCUAUGAGGCGGCCAUUUUGGAAAAUAAAAUUCUCCUCACCAGCUAACCCCCCGUAUAAUGGUAGAAACUGCUGCGAACAUGUAGCGCCUGCUCAAAAACAAGAUGGAUUCAAAAAAAUCAAGUCCCGAAGCAUAUUUCCAAAAAAUGCAAAGACAUUUUGAGCAGAAUUCUAAAAUAAGGGAAGUCCAAGCACAUUCUUCUAAGGUGAGGAGAACUAGGGUUGAACGUUGGUUCAUUUUUGUACUGUUCAACUGUUGUAAUGUAUAUUAAUUUAUACUCUAAAACCACGUGGUCAAAAAAUGUCAAAGUUGACUAUAAAUCCUCUCGUAUAAAUGCAUUUCUAGGUUCAUUCAGUUGCAUGGAGCUGUGAUGGUCGUAGAUUGGCGUCAGGAUCAUUUGAUAGAUCUGUCAGUAUUUAUACCUUGGACAAAUAUGGAUUUGUAAGAGCUUUUUGUUUAAUAUAAUGAGUCAUGUUUUGUAUGCUGCAAAUAUAGUUAGGUUUAAUUUACCUGGUAAAGGUUUAUAAACCUUUGCCUCUGGGACCAGGGAUGUUUUAUGUAUGCCAAGAUUAGGUUUGAAUGUUAAUAGUACUUUUAAUAAAUCCUAGAAAUACUGACUUGUUUCUAAUUUUGAUUUUCAGAAUAAAGAGUCCAACUACAGAGGUCACACAGAGAGUGUUGAUCAAUUGUGUUGGCAUCCAAGCAAUCCUGAUAUGCUAGUGACCGCAUCAGGGGACAAAACCAUCAGAAUAUGGGACACCAGAGGUACGUUAUAUGUAUAAAAAAUAAUCAGUUCCAGCAAUAUUAUGUUUGUUUAGAGGUCCUCCUGUAGUAACACUGGGUGGCUCUUACUGUAGCAGUUUAGGACUGAUACAGCUAUCUACUCUAAAUAGUUUGGUGUGUAAUUCUCCUCUGUAGUAAGACUAGAGUGUACAUGAAUAAGAGAGGGCAUUACAGAGUCUCUAGGAAGAACAGUUUAGAACUGAUAGAGCUAUCCAGUAUAAACAAAGUUAGUUAGUUUAGGUUUUGUUCUGUAGUAAGACUGGGUCAAUAAGAGAUGAUCCUAACUGGACCUCUAGGAAGAACAGUUUAUAACUGAUAUAGAGCUAUCCAGUAUAAAGAAAGUUUAGACUCUAAAACCAUUUGAAUGUUCUUCUUCAGCUGGUAAAUGUGUGAAUGUUGUCAACACUAAAGGUGAAAAUAUAAACAUCUGUUGGAGUCCAGAUGGAAACACGAUUGCUGUAGGAAACAAAGUAUGUUGCUUACCCAUUCAUACCAAACUUUAUGUCAUGUAUUUGUUAUGUGCCUAUUCUUAUGCCUGUGUACGUGUUGUGAACCUAUUUUUAUGCUGUAUACCUUGCACGCUUUGUGCACCUAUUUUUAUGUCAUGUACGCGUUUUUGUUACUACUUUUAUGCAAUGUACGCUGAUGAACCUAUUUUUAUGCCACGUACGCAUUUGUGUUCCUACUUUUAUGCAAUGUAUGCUAAUGAACCUAUUUUUAUGCCACAUACGCAUUGAGUACCUAUUUUAUGUCAUGUACACAUUAAAUUCUAUUGUGCUAACACUCAAUAUAUGUUUCUUUUAUUCGAAUAAGAAUAACACCAUAACUACCUUCUCAAAUGCCAGAACUCCCUUUUCAAAUGCCAAAACUGAGUUUUUAAAAUCCAAACUUACCUUUUCAAAAGCCAGAACUCUGUUUUCAAAUGCCAUAACUCUGUUUUCAAAUGCCAAAUCUACCGUUUUCAAAUGCCAGGAUUCCGUUUUCAAAUGCCAGAACUUCGUUUUCGAAUGCCAGAACUCCGUUUUCAAAUGCCAGAACUCCUUUUUUCAAAUGCCAGAGCUCCGUUUUCAAAUGCCAUAACUACCUUUUCAAAUAUCAGAACUCCCUUUUCAAAUGCCAGAACUCCGUUUUGAAAUGCCAGAACUCCUUUUUCAAAUGACAAAACUCAGUUUUCAAAUGCCAGAACUCCCUUUUCAAAAACCAGAACUCCGCUUUCAAAUGCCAAACUCUGUUUUCAAUUGCCAGAUCUACCGUUUUGAAAUGCCAGAACUCCGUUUUCAAAUGCUAAAACUCCGUUUUGUAAAGUCACGAAACUCCGUUCGUGUAAGUCUGCUUGUAAAAGGAUAUGGUACAAAUGACGUAAAUAUAUUCAAAUUCAAAUUAUGUUAUUCAGAUAAAAUUAUGUAAAAUAACGCUUCAUACAAAUAGACCGUGUUUUUUCUGUGAGAGUUCAUCUUAGGGAGUAGAGGACAGCCUUAAAAUCAGAAACUCUGUGAUUGUGAUUGAAGUGUUCUUAUUUUUUCCAACUAGGAAGAUCUUAUAACGUUCGUAGAUGCAAAAACAUACAAACCAAAAUGCGAUGAACAGUUUCGGUUUGAGGUAACUACGCUUUUUUUCUUGUGCAAAAUUAAAUUUUUCAACAACGUAAUAUUUCUUCAUUUUCCUCACCAAUAGGUUAACGAAAUAUCCUGGAACAAUGAUAAUAAUUUGUUUUUCUUGACAAAUGGACAAGGCUUCAUCAAUAUUUUGAGGUUUGCUUUUGUAUUGGGUAUUUUCUAAGGAAAUUUUCUUAGACCUUGCAGGAAAUUGUUGUCAUCUUAUAUACUGGAAUGCCAUUUACUUAUUGUUUAAAAAUUCCAAAAGUGUUUUGCAAGUCGAAAUUGUUGUUUGCCGAGAUUGACGUUUACCACACAGCACCAUACGUUCUCUGAAAUCUACAUAUGCAGGAAAUUUUAUAUUUGACUUACUCAGGAAAUUUUUAUUUUUGGACUUUGCUGCCUAUUUCCUCACUCUGAUGACUGCAGGUUGACCCAUCAUCUGCUGCACGAUAGUGCUUUAGUGAAACAUAUACGUAUUGUAAAAUUGUUUUGUUUUAUCCUAGUUAUCCAGAAUUGAAACCAUUACAGACACUUCAUGCUCAUCCAGCGAACUGCAUCUGUAUAAAGUUCGACCCCACUGGAAAGUACGUAAUACUGCAUAAACUGACGUGGGUAAUGUUAGCCUCCUCCAAAGGUAUCGCCUUUAGAUUAGCGAGCAGAAUUUGGUUGCAGCCUUGCAGGUAAAAAAGUCUCGCCGACUUUCUAAGUCCAAGGUGAACUAUGGGAUGCCUGCAGAGGAGGAUAGGGUGAUAACAUAUUUUACAAACGUGAAAAUAUCUCUGUUUUCCUACAAGAUAGAUUUGCGACAACAGGUUGAAAUGUUUUGCGUUUUGCUUUAUUUCAGAUAUUUUGCAACAGGUAGUGCAGAUGCUCUCAUAAGUCUGUGGGACUUGGACGAGCUCGUUUGUGUUAGAACGUUCUCGAGACUAGAGUAAGUUUGUUUAAAACCUCGAGGAAGACUUGCUAUACAUUCGCUUGAUAACUUACUGUAACAAUGCCUGGUUUACACACAGACUGACGUGCUUUACUUUAUUUUCUAGUUGGCCUGUUCGCACGCUGAGUUUUAGUCACGACGGACAAAUGAUUGCCUCUGGCUCAGAAGAUCUCCUUAUUGACAUUGUAAGGACGUGUUUCCACUUGCAAUUUUUGCUGCGACUCUAGGUGUAAUUUUCUUCUUCUGAUGGAUGUGAACGAGUGGAUGAGUUAUGAAUGUUUAUAUGAGCGUACAUAAACUCAGAACAUUCAUAACACAUCCACUCGUUUACAUCCAUCACAAGAAGAAAAACGCACUAGAAAUCGCAGCAAGAAUUGCACUGAACGUAAACGGACAUUAAGUACUGACAUAAUGCUGUUUUUGGCCAUAGAAUCUUCUUCCUGACAUUAAAAUACUUGCUGUUUUCCUCUUCAGGCAAUGGUAGAGACAGGCGAGAAGAUAUGUGACGUUCCUUGUACAGCCCCGACAUUCACGUUAGCUUGGCAUCCAAGGAAACAUAUUUUAGCCUUCGCUUGUGACGAUAAGGUCAGUGGACGUGAUGUGUUUGUAAUCUUUUUCUUGGAGUUCAGACACAAACCACGGCAGCUUCAUUGGACCACCACGUUUGAGAUAUCUUUUUCACGUAGUUCAGACACAAACCACGAUAGCUUAUUUCCCCACAUUUGGCAUUAAACCACAUUCCAUAACUUAACAAAAUUUGACUGAAAACAAGUUCUUGUCGUUGAAAAGGAGACCAAAUUUUUCUUCGUUUUUUGCUCAGGAGAAGCAUGAUCGCGAUGCUGGAACUGUCAAGAUUUUUGGUCUCCCAAGUUGAUGGACGUGCGGAAGGUACACUAAGGACUGUUUAGCGACUGUAAGACUGCGGCAAGAUAGCCACGAACUGAACAGGACAACAUAAUAAGAACUUGGGAAUGCAAGUUGUCCGAAAAUUCGUCUUUGCCGGUGAAGCGAAAUAGGACUGUAAAUGACUCGCGCUGGUCACACGAGGAUUGGAAUUGAUGAGAGUUGUCAGUUACGUAUUGUUACAGGGGACAUUUCAAGCUCUAGAUUAACAAAAUAAAGAUUUGGUGAAAGUUCCAACUAUGUUUUAACUUCAAUAGGGCCAAAAAAAAAUAUAUGUGGGUUUCCGGUUUCCCGACCCUACCUAGCUUUUGGACGUCGAAAUCCCAACCCUAAACUUUUUUAUUGGAUCAUGCUUGUAAGUGUUUCCACUUAGAGGAAAAAGUUUGUGGAAAAUUGAAAUUUGAGGCAAUUUAGGGAAAUUUAUCUUUGGAUGUGGAAGCACUAACUAAACAAAAUGGCGCCCGCUUGUUCGGAAAAUUAAAAAAAAAAAGUUUAAAAAAAAAGUUAAAACCGACCUACCCUACCUAAGUUUUUAUAAGAAGAAACCGGAAACCCACAUAUUUUUUUUUGGCCUUGAAUACAUGAUAGUGUUGGGAAAGCUUAAGAACAGCUCAGUAACCAAGAUCACGUGACUGUCAACUCUCAUGCACUCUCGUCCUCGUUUCAUCCGGACUUUUGAUGCUACGGAACAUUUUCUCGGCAAUGGAAAGGUUAAAACUCGGACUUUUCUCCAAACUACACUCUCGCUGAAUAACUAAACGACAAUAAAUGGAUAGAGUCUUAUCAACAGCCCAUAAUGCCAUAUGAACAGUGGCCACGCAUGUAUUCAUAGUUCAAAGCUUUUCUCUGUAUGUUUUCCAUUGUUAACAAGGAAUUGAAUAUCCGUAUUAAUCCACGGAGCUUUUUAAUCGCUAAGCCUAAGGAAAGCUUCUAUACAUUAGUUCCAAACUGUCCUCUCCAAAGUUUCCGUGAGAGCUAAAACUUCUUAAACUACUCAGGCAACUGCAUAUUACAUGCAGGAAUGGAAGCGGCAUGCACAGAAAAUAAUGAGAUAAUAUUUAUUGCAUCAUUAUAUACCAUUGCUGGUACAAACAACAAAACUAUAACUAAUCCUUAAUUACAAACAGUACGGUCAGGGAAAAUCUUAGUUAACUCGUAAAUGUAUCUGGCUGCACAAUUUGUUAAACUCUUGUCAUAUUCAUGGCUAUACAAUAAAGAAACAGGUCGUUUUUACCUAUAGUAAACUAAAACAACUAUCAAUUUCCAGUAUC